AUUUACGCGUAAUUUCACUUGAUCGCGUUUCUUGACGUGGGGGUUUAUGAAGGUUGUUCGGGAUUGGAAAGUGUUUGCUUAAGUAGGUGCGAUUGAUUUAUGAUACUCGUUGAAUGCUAUUGCACAAGGCAACUGUUCGUGCUAACGAAUUUCAAUCAGUGACGAAACGAGAUACGAAGUAAACAAGAUCACGAGCAUAUCUAUAUUGUAGCACGAGAAGCUACCGAUGACAAAACGCAAUACUCCAAUCUGACGACUGCAUAUCUUGACGAUUUUAACCCAACCACUGCCUACCUAUCUCGAUUGACCAUUCGAAGCCAGCGCCGCCCCGAUAUCGUAGUUCAGCGUCCACCGAACACGUAGGAUAUAAGCAAUACAUCACACAUACAGAGGCGGAGAUAGUGACAAGAAUCAUGGACCGCACAAUCGCAAUGCAGGGCUCGGGAGCUACGGCAAGACCUUCUAUGGCACCGCAGGGCUCAACCUCUGGGGGUGCGGUCAAAGCGAGGCAAUUGACACAUCUCCACUCGCAAUUGGCCCAACUCUCAGCUAACUUAGCUGACACGGAGAAUCUUCUACGCAUGACGAGUGUACAAGCUGAGGCUAUGCGUGGACUUGGAAGUUGGCAUGGUGGGCUGUUUAUGGCGGCAAGCAAGGUACUAGGCGAAGAGUCAGUGAAGGAUCAAUCGCAACAAAAACCUACGAAAUAGGCAGAUGUGGCUAGGGAAUGAAUAAAAUAAAUCUCUUGUUUAGAUGAGUGACUGCUCGGCGCCACUUUGGGACGAGGUACACCAUGACUAUGGGCGUCGUAGAUAAUUACAAGCGACGCACCAAAAGCGGAGGUAAUCUGGGUUCUGAAGCUCGGCUGCUAAAAUAAAUCCGAUGGUGGCUGUUAUCGAUAUUGCACGUAGGCAUUGCUCUAUAUUGCAAAGUUGGCCAGGUAUGAUGGAUAGCAUGAUGAUUGUCAUUGGGGGAAUUGUCGUGAUAUGCAAUGAUCUGCGCUCGUCUAAGUCGAAUUCUUCUAGGACUACAUUCUAAAGGCAUCGCGUAGAUGUCACAGGAAUAAGAAGUACGCGGCAAUAAAAAGGACAUUUUAUUUCUUCUUUCUUUUUUUAGAGCAUUUGCAUUUGGUGUGUUUCUUGAUUUUAGAUGAUCGUGGGUCUUGCUUUGAGGCCUCACAUAAUAAAAGGUCGUUGCAUUGGCUAA